UCUACCCGUGGACUGCGUGUGUACUUCUUAUUAAUGGCCACGAACAAAACUAUGGUUGUAUGGUCUCUUUCUACUGUUACAGAUGACUCGAAUAUAUACGAACGGAUUCCCUUGUGUAUAACCCUACCUUUUUAAGCUUUCCAACCAACAGACCGACCUUGACCGGUUUCCCGCCCUCCGGUUCGGCCAUUGACUCAGUUGGAAGGUAUUCUUGACGGACGCAGUGAAUGCAUGAUUCAGUCAUUGUGUAGAUGAUUAUAUGUGCACGAGCGGGCUCUGCAUGAUUUCUUUCUUUACGGUACUUGUGUAGGCACGAUACCUAUUCGGUGCGACGAGAGUUGGUAUUUAGAGGAGAAGCGCGGGCCGUAGGGAAGCUGCGGAUUUUAUUGAUUCGAAGAGUUAAGACAAGUAAGGGGAAGAAGAGACGUCGAUACUUUUACGACGACGAACUGGAUUUCGAAGAUUAUACAUCAUAUUUAUUGUGAGAAAUUACAUUGCGAGAGGAUCGUAAUUGGUCUUGCGAAGAAUUGUGUAGUGGGCCAGGAACUUGGGACUCGAAAUACUUGAUUGAGGUCGGAUUUGAUUCUCCGCGCUCACGCUGCGCAUCAAGGUUGGCGAGUCUGUUGGGAUUCGAAUAGAAUAUUUUACGAAACGGCCGGAUAUUAUACUAUACGAGGUGGGACAUAGAAUCCUUGGAGCCUGCAUUUAGAACUGUUCCUAGGAAUCAGCCACGGACAUCAUGGCCGUGGAGAAAUCGACCGAUAGAAUGGACGAGGAGAAGGGCCUCGCCAGUGGCGUAGAUGCUGAGGUAGUAGACGCUGAUGCUUUAGCUGUUCAAUGGCUUUGUGGAUGGUCCAGAUUUUUUACGAGAAAAAGGCUGCCGGGGGCUGCGAUAUGGUUGGAGCUCAUAGCAAUUGCUCUAUUGAUUACAAUGGUAUACCAACAGCAGCAUAUGUUGACAUGCUUGGGAUUGGCAAUGUUCAGAUUUGGUAAUGCAGCUACAUUACCUAAUACUACAUUACCUUCAUAUGUAUUUGAUUAUGCACCACUCGUCUGGUUAGAUCAAUCAGAAAUGUAUUUUCCUUCGGACAUAUACGCCCAAGUCCUUAAUACUAAACCUUAUGUCAACCGUUCGUUGAUACCAGAGGACACUCUCCCAUCCCCUCUCAAUCUCGAGACAAUUGAUCAACUAAACAAUUGGGGCACAGAAGUCUAUUUAACAUCUACAGUCGAUAUCACCACCUCCCCUACCUUCCUAACCGGAGUUGUCCCUUCUUCCACAACCGGUCGCACUCAAGAUGCCAUCUCCUGUUCUGUUAUCCUUACCGAUCAUGGAGAUGGUUUGGUCGAUGUCUUCUACAUGUACUUCUAUGCCUAUAAUCAAGGAAAUACAGUACUUGGUCAAGAGUUAGGUAAUCAUAUAGGAGAUUGGGAACAUAACAUGAUUCGUUUCGUAAACGGUACUCCUCAGGCGGUCUGGUACUCACAGCAUGCAAACGGACAAGCUUUCAAGUAUUCGGUGGUUGAGAAGAGUGGAAAGAGACCAAUUGCUUAUUCGGCGAGAGGAAGUCAUGCUAAUUAUGCGAUUUCGGGGACCCAUGAUCAUACAAUCCCGGAUUUAAAUUUGCCAGCCGGAUUACUCCAAGAUUAUACAUCGAGGGGAACAAUAUGGGAUCCAGUUCUCUCAUCAUAUUUUUACACAUACGAUGCUAGGACCAAGGAAUUCUCAAAAGCAAGUGAAAAUAGUCCAGUACAGGCGAUGGAGUACUUGGGAAAGUGGGGAGAUGCUCAGUAUCCUGAAGAUGAUAAGAGACAGAGCAAAUUCUUUGGCUUCUGGAAGUAUGUGGGAGGACCGACGGGACCGGUGACCAAGGGGUUGGUGAGGGACAAGGUUUGUCCUGAUAAUGGGAUUUUGUGUAUUGUGAGGGAUAUUUUGAGUCCUUAGGUGAGGAGGUUCUUAGCUCUUACUUGAAUCUCUUCUUUGGUUGGGUUAUGGUGCUUAGAGUGUUUUUCAUUUCUGGUUAUGGAAUGCAAGUUUUGCGGAUUGGAUUGGGUUAGUUUAGUUUGGGGUUCAUUGGUUUGCUUUUUCUUCUUUGUAUGAUGGGAUGGGAUAGUUGACAUUUUGUUGGUUUUUGGGAGGCUGUAUGGAUUGAUGAUGGGAUAUGAUACGACAGGUUAGGAUGGAAUGCGAUGCGAUUCGAUGCGAUGCGAUGUGCUUAUAGAUUGUACGAGUUUGUCUUUAUGAAUGUUAACGAAGAGCUGGGUGAGAUGAGAUGAGAUGAUAUGGCUUGUGUGGGAAAUUGUUAUAAAUAGAUACAUGAAUGGAUAGAUGAAUGGUUGGAGGAAGUAGAUAGCGCAUGGUGGAUACUGGAUAGGGGUAUCGAUGUACCAUGGUAUAUAUAUCGUUUAGUUUGGUGUAGUGUAGAAUGAGAUGAUAUAUAUAUUGGA